AUGGCAGCAACCUUUGUCAAGAAAUGGUAUCCUCCUAGCAAGAAGGCUGAGAUCCGUGACAAAAUGGAGCAGCACCCUCCUAAAAAGGGAGGAAUUCCUAGUGACACUAUUCCAAAUCCGAAGAAUGAGGGAGGCAAUGUAGACCGUGUGUUUGCUAUCAGUACUCGGAGUGGUAAAAUACUCCAAAGUGCUGAAAAGGAGAUUGUUGAUGUCGAGCCAAUUAAUGAAGAGGAAGAGGUGCAGUCUGAUACACCAAUUAUUGUUGAUAAGGUUCGUAGGGAAGAGAAAGUUGCUGAUAUUCUAGAAAGUUUGAAGGUGGUUGCUAAUAAGAGCAAGCAGACUAAUAAGAAAGAUGCUAAGUUCGAGAAUUUUUAUGAUCAACUGAAGCAAUUAUCUCUGAGCUUUCCAUUCUUGGAUCUUUGUCAAGGAGAUGCCCAGUUUUGCAAGUACUUGAAAGACCUGUUGACUAAGAAGAAAAUAGUGCAACAUGAAAUAGUGAAUUUGACACACACUGUGAGUUCCAUUAUUUCAACAACUACUGUCCAGAAAAAGGGAGAUCCUGAGGCGUUCAUCAUUCCUUGUUCUGUUGGGUACCAUGAUUUUGCUCGUGCUCUGUGUUAUAAUGGGGCGAGUAUAAAUUUGAUGCCACUUUCUAUCUACAAGCAAUCAGGUCUGGGGAUGCCAUUGCCAACUACUAUGAGAUUACAGAUGGCUGAUAGAUCUAUUAAGUGGCUGGUUGGCAUGGUUGAUGGUGUUCUUAUGCGGGUUGGUAAAUAUAUGUUGCCCGCUGAUUUUGUGAUUCUUGACUGUGCUAUUGAUCGAGAUGCUCCUAUUUUCCUGGGAGACCUUUCCUUGCUACGGGAAGAGCUCUCACGGAUUUAG